CAAGAAGAUGCUCUGCAUCUCCUUACCUUUAAAGGAUACAAAGCGUCUGUAAUUUACGUGUUAAAAUAUUUGAUUUCACCUCAAGGAGUUGUUGUUUUAAUAAUCUAGCUCAUUAGUGGUGCUUCUUUGCUCAAACAAACAACUCUGCUUCAUUGCCCGGAAUAAUUCUAAUUCUACAUGGGAUGGAAAUACCUGGGAUGUGAAAUCAAGGACCGCUAAGAUGAUGCGGUUUAUACUGGAUUGCCUUAGGCCGACACGGCAAAGGGCUGGCGAAAGGGACAUUUCCCUGGAAAAGGUGGACAAGGAAAAUGAUGGCACUUCCAAUCAACAAAGCAAUGAAAUUCAGGAGCUUCACGAGGAAGUGGUGUGCGAGGAGCUUGGCUUGAAGGAGGAGCAGGAGCUGCGCCAUGACUCUCAAGAGGACGUGGAGAAGCUGGCGAAGCAGAGGACCGAGCUGAAGAAGCAGAUCGAGCUGAUCCAACAGCAGCGCAAAGAAGAGAGACAGUUGCUGCUUUCCUUACAGGAGGAGCAGGAGGAGCUGGAGCAGAGCGUGCACGAGUACGAGGAGGAGCUGACCCGCGCCCAGGAGGAGCUCCAGCGCCUGCAGGAGGACAUCACGCUGGCGGAGCGCAAGGUGGAGGGCGCCAGGGUCCGCAUCAGCCCUCUGCAGAACUCCAUCAGCCAAUCGUAUGCCGAGAUUUCACGGGUUGGUGUGUCUUUGGCUCAACAAAGACUUGGUGAGCUCAUCGCCGAGCUAAUUGCCGUUGAGGGACCCGUUGCCAUAGGCGUCAGCCACCAGCAGGGAGGAGACGAGAGCCACACGGAGGACGGGACCGAGGAGGGGAGCCAGGGGGACGAGGGGGAGCUGAGCGAACAGGACCUGGCAGACGACGACGACGAGGAGCUGUGCGGAGAGAGCGCCAGGGAGGACGAGCCAGACAGGCCCAAUCCCGCAGACAACCUGAAAAGCAGCGGAUCCUCUUCAUUCACUGAAAUCACACUCACUGAGGUGAAAGAGGAGGAAGGGUCAUCACCCAGGUCCAUCACACCACAGAUUGACUCUCCUGACUUGGAGGACGAUGAGGAAGAGGCAUCAACCGUCCAGUCCCUUAUGACCCAGACUAGCAGUCGCACCACACUUGGGCAGUUUGACUUUUAUCAUCCAGACCCCUUCACUGACAAUGACAUGUUCAGAGAUGACUUGUUUCCAAAAGUGGAGGUUGCUGAUUCCACUGAUGGAUUUUUCAGUGAUCCUUUCAAAGGCACUGAUCCAUUUGCAUCGGAUAAUCUCUUCAACCAGUUUGAAGGAGAGGAACAGUACCCACCCGAUGACCAUCUUGACCAACAUGAAUCUGAGCCUGAGCCCGAAUUUUGUGUGCCUGAAAGUACUAACAAUAUGGACGAUAAAGAGUGUUCUGUUGCUGAAUCUUGUUCCUCCAAUGAAAUAGAGCACAUUGGAGAUAGGUAUGCUGGAGACCAAUUUGACAGCACUGCUGCAAACCCCGAUUCUAAUGCUCUUGAAACCAGGGGAGAAUGUGAUGGCUUUGAAAUUAGCAUGUCCAUCUGCUCUGAAUCUAGUCACACAAAUUAUUCCCCUGGUGAUCUAGCUGAUCAGAACGCUUAUUUAACACAUCAUGAGUCACGUUUCACUGAGAACCCUGGCCCCAUUGAGCUUAGGGAUCCUCACCCUUUAAGUGUCGCUCUCUCUAGCGAACAAGAAUGGAAGUCAGAGGGUCUUGAGUUUAACAACUCCUGCCCUCUGAGCAUUGAUGGUGAUGAUGAGGGACAGAACGGCCCCAUGGAGGAUGUCCUCGCACACCCACAGGGCAUUGAAGUCCAUCGAUGUGACCCCGAUGGCUCUGAGCGCAGUGGCUCUCCACUGAUGGACAUGGGGGUGAACAGCCUAGCAGAGUCCAAGGUUCAGGUUCGUAGACACUUUAGCUGUGAAGCAAGUAUGGCACUAUGCAUUGAGGCCUCAGAGGUUACAUUGGGCUGUUCUGAGCCCUUUUGCUAUGAAAAUGACAUAAAUGGGUAUCAGUUUGAAGACUCUGAUGUCUGUGAUGAAAACAAUUUGAAUGUAGAAUCCAGUCAGAGGAUCAGGGGUUCAUCUGUUGCUCUGAAAUUUAGCGAUCAAGAAGGUACUUCUCGUAACCUCAAUAACACCACAAACUGUGAUGGUUGUGUCUUUGAACUUUGCCAUCACUACCCCUCUGCUGCAGAUCCUGACACAUUGAGAGCUAACAGGGAGGGCUCAAGAUUCAGCGACUGUGCCUCUAUAAAUUCUCCAGCAGAUAACAGCUCUGGCGAUUAUGAAUUUGUGGAACAUAGUCCCCUCAGUCCUCAACUCAAUAAUGCCAAAGAUGAUGACAUGGAUGGAACUGGAAUGAAUCAGAAUACUCAUGAUAGUCCCGACCACAUCGGUUCAAGCAAGCAGGAAGUCAGUGAAACUCAGUAUCGCUAUCCUGACCCAUUUAGUCCAGAGCAAAAUGAGGCUGUCCACUUUAACUUCGGUGGGUUGGAUGAUGUGGAAUGCAAUAUUUUAGUUCCCAUUGAGAGCUUUGAAUUAAAGGCAGGUGAUCCUUUUAGUCCAGAUGCAGCUGACCCGAUAAGUAUGAAUGCUAACUGUCAGCAGGUGAUAAAUCUAGACCCAUGUAAUCUUGGUCUUUACAAUAUUUCCAGGUGUGAUCCAGUGGGUUCAAAACACACAGAUUAUGAAUCGUUUAGCUCAGAACCCAAUGACAGAGCUAGUUGUGACUCCAGUGGUGGUGAGCUAUGGGACACAAAGGUCUCCAGUUCCCUGGGCAGUGAUGAUUUUUCCAGUUCUUCAGCUCAAAAGAAUUCUCACAUUUCAGACAUCAGUACUGCAACACACUGUGACAACUUUAACAGUAAAUCUGAGGACUUUGUCUCCCUCAACUCCAACUCUAAAGACAAGCUAUUGAUUAACUCAGAACCAUCUGAAUUUAGGGGUUUGAACUCUCUCAGUCCAGAACCUAAGACUGAUUCUGGGGGCUGCCAUCUGACAGAGUAUGAUAGUGGGUGUUAUGAAACCAGCAAGACAGAAAACUGUGACUUGCGGCCACCAGAACUAAUCCAGUUUGAUCCCUUCAGCCCUGAGCCUAGUGAUGCAGAGAUGUGCGAUGUAGGGAGCGAAAGCAACCAUUGUUCUCAAUCGGCAUUCUUUGAAACUGCAUCUAAUGGCCCAUGCCAGUUCUCUUCCUGGGGCUUGGAGCCCAGCAUGUUCUCCACCAGUGACGGCAGCCAUAGUUUUGAACAGGUAGAAAGAUGUGAAUACACACCCACUGGAACUAGUUCUGAUGACUCUGUGCGAGGUCACCCUUUUGAUUCAGAGUCCAGUGAGACUACUGGUUGGAGCCUCUCAGAGUAUGAAACGAGUAGGCUAAAUGAUCAGAACCCAGAGGACACUAGAGAGAGAAUAACCACCUGCUCUGACUUGUCAGAGCACGAUGGCUGCUGUUCAGAGCUGAACAAAGUGGCACGUUCAAGUCGCCAUAGUUCUGUGCCUGACAGCAUUGCGGAAAUGUUGUUUGGACCCGAGCCGACCGCAGCCAGGUUUUAUCCCUGGGAUUUUGAAAACAGCAACACAAUUGUAUGUGACAACCAUAGUCCAGAAGAAAGUCCUGACACCAUCAAAUGUGAGUUCGGAUUACAUUCAGGUUAUGACAUCAAUGGCAGUGUUGCAGUUAACUCUGGAGCCACUGAAAUUCCCAACCUAAGAUAAGUGAAUUGUGGGCCUGUUGAUCUCGAAGUGAUUAUGCUGGAUGUUAAAUGCUGAAACUCAUGUUUGACUGGAAGAUAAUGAAACAGACAGCACUUAGCCUAUACAAACCUUUGAAUGAUUAACACUAUUAAACUUUAAAUGGAAUAGUUAAUAAUAUUGUGAAAAGAACAGUGUCGUGCAUUCCAUUGGAGCAGCAAUAGAUUUCAUAGCCGUAGCUGUGAUUGUUUUUCCUUAUAUCUGCUUAAUUCUUGAUUUGGCCUAAACUAUUGUCUAGUGGAAUUAAGGGAACGAAUUAUGUGCCACCAUGCCUGUGUAAUUGUUUUGCUCUUUCUGUCCACAGUAGCCACUCUGUUAAUAAUGUAAAUUUUGUUUAAUUGUACAUAGCCCACUCCACACAUUAAUGUACGGAUUGGUAAUUAAAUGUAAGUAAGUAGUAAAUAAUAAUAAUGAUAACAAUAAUAUAAUAAUAAUAAUAAUAGUUUUUACCAUCGAGAUUAAGUUGGUUGUAAACAAAAUAAAUUG